UGUGCGGGGACUGGAUUUUUGCUUUGUCAUUCUGACACGGGCAGUUCUCCCGCCUCCUAAGAGCAGGGCGUGGCUUCCCAGAGCCACUAGGAACCAGCAGCUCUUUAUCCUCAGUUUGCUUCCGUCAGGCCUCGCAUCCACGCGGGAGGUGCGGGACGCCGACACCGCGGGGCGAGAAGAGCUGGUGUUUUCAUCUUCCUCGCUCAUAGGGCGGCGGGGCCUUGCACCGGCGCAGACGAGCGGAGAGGCCGCGGGAGGCGGCGAGCCGGCGGAAGGCGCGACUAGCAGAGGGCGGCCAUGGUCCAGCCCUGAAGUGCCCUGCAUUGCAGGAGAAGCCCUGGUCAUCAUGCCAGUUGAUGGAUGCUGGCUGUGCUUCCCAGCUUCUCGAGGUAGAGCCUCUGUGCAGACUGUCUGGGUGGCACCCACUUGCCCCAACUGUUGCUGGUUUCCAGGUUUUGUCCCUCCAGUCCCCCGGCCACUGUGUGCACCCCGUGUGCUGCUGAGGGGCCCUCGUGGGGCUGUGCUUCCUGCUUCACAUCCCUCCAAGACGCUCCCCUCCUCAUCCCUGACGCCCUGUCCUACUGACCCCUGUCUCUGCCCUCCACCCUCCACACCUGAUAGUAGGCAGGGAAAAAAUACCCAAUCUGAGCUGCGGAACAAAAAAGGCCAACUUCAAAAGCUGCCAAAAAUGAAUGGCUCCAAAGAUCCCCCUGGGUCCUAUGACUUCGACCUGAUCAUCAUUGGAGGAGGCUCGGGAGGACUGGCGGCAGCUAAGGAGGCAGCCAGAUUUGACAAGAAAGUGCUGGUCUUGGAUUUUGUCACGCCAACUCCUCUGGGAACUAGAUGGGGUCUCGGAGGAACAUGUGUGAACGUGGGCUGCAUACCUAAAAAGCUGAUGCACCAGGCAGCUUUGUUAGGACAAGCUCUGAAAGACUCGAAAAACUAUGGCUGGAAAGUGGAAGACACAGUUAAGCAUGACUGGGAGAAAAUGACAGAAUCUGUGCAGAAUCAUAUCGGCUCGCUGAACUGGGGCUACCGAGUGUCUCUCCGGGAGAAAAAGGUUGUCUAUGAGAAUGCUUAUGGGAGAUUCAUUGGUCCUCACAGGAUUGUGGCAACAAAUAACAAAGGUAAAGAAAAAAUCUACUCAGCAGAGCGGUUCCUCAUUGCCACCGGUGAAAGGCCACGCUAUCUGGGCAUCCCUGGAGACAAAGAGUACUGCAUCAGCAGUGAUGAUCUUUUCUCCUUGCCUUACUGCCCGGGGAAGACCCUAGUGGUUGGCGCAUCCUAUGUUGCCUUGGAAUGUGCAGGAUUUCUUGCUGGCAUUGGCCUAGACGUCACUGUAAUGGUGCGGUCCAUUCUCCUUAGAGGAUUUGACCAAGACAUGGCCAACAAAAUCGGUGAACACAUGGAAGAACAUGGUAUCAAGUUUAUAAGGCAGUUCGUCCCAACUAAAAUUGAACAGAUUGAAGCAGGGACUCCAGGCCGACUCAAGGUGACCGCUCAGUCCACAAACAGCGAGGAGACCAUGGAAGGCGAAUUUAACACGGUGUUGCUGGCUGUAGGAAGAGAUUCUUGUACAAGAACUAUUGGCUUAGAAACCGUGGGUGUGAAGAUAAAUGAAAAGACCGGAAAGAUACCUGUCACGGAUGAAGAGCAGACCAAUGUGCCUUACAUCUACGCCAUCGGUGACAUCCUGGAGGGGAAGCUGGAGCUGACUCCCGUAGCCAUCCAGGCAGGGAGACUGCUGGCGCAGAGGCUGUACGGGGGCUCCACUGUCAAGUGUGACUAUGACAAUGUCCCAACGACUGUGUUCACUCCUUUGGAGUAUGGCUGUUGUGGCCUCUCUGAAGAAAAAGCUGUGGAGAAAUUUGGGGAAGAAAAUAUUGAAGUUUACCACAGUUUCUUUUGGCCAUUGGAGUGGACAGUUCCAUCCCGGGAUAACAACAAAUGUUACGCAAAAAUAAUCUGCAACCUUAAAGACAAUGAACGAGUGGUGGGCUUCCACGUGCUGGGUCCAAAUGCUGGAGAGGUGACGCAGGGCUUUGCAGCUGCGCUCAAGUGUGGGCUGACCAAGCAGCAGCUGGACAGCACCAUUGGAAUCCACCCAGUCUGUGCAGAGAUAUUCACAACGUUGUCGGUGACUAAGCGUUCUGGGGGAGACAUCCUCCAGUCUGGCUGCUGAGGUUAAGCCCCAGUGUAGAUGCUGUUGCCAAGGCUACAGACCAUCGCCUUGCCUCCUUGCCCACGCCCAGGUGAAGUUCAGGAAGGCUCUUGGGUCCUUGGCGCCAAUUCAAGGUGCUGUCCUAAGGCCACCAGGUCCCUGGGAGCUUGUGGGUAGGAGGAUGGCAGGUCGAAGGAGGCUGCAGCAUCGCACUGGGGUCACCAUGACAGACUCAGACUGACAUUUGGCAGAGCAUCCCAGGGAUGCGUCCAUGAAGUCACUAGCCUCAAGCCUGAGUGGUGGGCAGUGACAGAAGAGCUGCCGGAUCUGUUGAGUCGACCUUUCCCCGUAGAUUGCCUUAGUCUCACUUUCAAGCUGUCUCGUGUCAAUUCUGUUUUUCUUUUUUCCUCCAUGGGGUUAAUGAUACUAGAGAUAGGGAAUGUUAGCAAUCAGUUUUUGUCAUGGCUGGACUAUCCACAUCAGUCUUUACUGUGUGGAAGGGGGUGAAAUGGCUUAUGAGAGCCAAACCAAUUUAUCCUGAGAAAGACGAACUACCCUGUGACUAAAAUACACUGUUUGCUUUUACUAACCUGUGUAGCAUUGUCUCCUUUAAUAAGUCAUGUCCAAAAUGAGAAAAGCCAUGGUCCACUUUUGCAAGUUUCCUGCAGUGUGCGUCACUGCCGCUGCUUAGCAAGGGAGGUGGCGACUUGGCUAAUCUACUUGAACUCCAUUGCAUGGCUCUUGGGUAGCAUAGAGCAUCGCAGCCUCCAGGCUGACCAGCAGUAAAUGUCUCUCCUGGUACAAUUAUCGUCUGUUGGUCUAAGUGGACUGAGAUGGUUCUCAGUGGAGAAUGCUUAAUUUGCUUUAAACGUCUUGUUUUUGUGAGGUGGAUUUAGGUUUAAGCUUGCGUCCCAUAAGAACUACAUUCGCAGACAAGUAGCUCUUUCUCCACACAGCACAUACAUCUUCUGAGGUAAUUACUUUCAUAAGGAAGCUGUUCAUAACAUAAGUUAUUAUUAUUAUUGAACACAGGUGGAUGUGAAGGAUUUUUCAUUGAAAAACCAAAUGGUUUUUCUUUUUUCUGUUCAGUAAGCCCACAGGAACUCUUGACAGGACAGCCAGUGCUCUGCCGGCAUUGCUGCUGGGGCUUUUACGGUAUAGUGUAUAGCUCCUAGGCUGUGUGCCCAUGAACACACUGGCUGACGACUAUGCAGACAGAUUUCCCACCCCACACAGCCAUUAGGCCACCCACCCUGGCCCUGUAGCUCCUUUUCUUGUCCUCCCCUCUGUCCAUCUCCACCUACAGUACUGAGUGGCAUCUCAGUACCCUGAGGUGGCCCCAAAGGGAACGGGUUUGUCUGUGUCCAGCCAGCAGCACCUACCCUGCCCCACGAGGCUCCCUCACAUCCACCCCGUCCAUGUGUUGAAGACAGAGGGAAGAGAAAGGACAUGGGAACCAAGGGAGUUGACUGUUCAGUUUUAUUUAUUUAUUUUUUAAAGUUUUGUCUCUCAAGUCUGCCAGUCUCUAAGAUCAGAAAAACAGACAGUGUAGGGUAACUGCCUAAUCAUGUGACUCUUAGUGGAAUGAAAUGUUCUGCCCCCACAAGAAGGAGUAUACUUCAUUGUUUAUAUUCUGUAAUCGCACAAUGUACUGUAAUGCAAAUUCUAAUUCCAUGUAUUUUUAUUACAAUUUUUCUGGAAAAAAAUGUGAACCAAUAAAAGGUGUUGAUGCACACGUGUG